AAAUUAUUUAAGCAGGGACUAAGCUAUGGGUUUUUUGGCAGGAGCCCCGACCCCCCUAUAGCCUAAAAAUUUUCAUUGAAGAUUAGUCAUUAACGUUUUUUUUUUUUUUUUCCUUCUGGGUGAAGUGUAAUGUUGAGUCUUACCUCAUGUUUUCUUAAUUUCGCCUCUGUUAAUAAGUCAAAACGUAUAACUUCUUGUCUACUAUUCCAUAUUUACUUAACAUAGAUAGUACUACAAUUGAGAACUGAAAAUAUUACCUCAUCCCAAAACCGAAAUCGUGUGCUGUAUGCCUGUAUGUAACAACUUGAUCGACGUCCUAACACUUUCAGUCGUCAUGCUUGACUUUUCAAUAUUUGAUAUUUCCAUCAUCUUUAUCAUAACUCACUCACACGUAAUAUCAAUUAAUUUCCCUAUUGAGUAUUGAACUAUUUACUUCCCCUAACACCUUUUAUAACAUAAUUAUCCACUUCUUAAUCAUAAUCAACUCCUUAAUUUUCCUCUACUUGAUAACUUCAAUGGCUACCUUCUCCCACCACCACCUCCUCCUCAUUUUCUCUCUCCUCACCGUCACCUCCGCCGCUCCCUCGUUCCGCCCAAAAGCCCUAGUCCUCCCCGUCUCAAAAGACCCUUCUACACUCCAAUACACAAUCAACCUCACCCAAAGAACCCCUCCUGUCUCCGUCCCAGUAACCCUCCACCUUGGCGGCCCAUUCUUAUGGGUUGACUGCGAUCGAAACUACGUUUCCUCCACCUACCGCCCUGCUCGAUGCAACUCCGCACAAUGCUCACUCGCCGACUCUAAGUCAUGCGGUUCUUGCAACUCACCCCCUAGGCCUGGGUGUAACAAAAACACCUGCGGCCUCUCCCCUGAGAACCCCUUCACCAACACCGCCACCAGUGGUGAGCUUGCCACUGAUGUGGUACGAAUCAACUCCACCGAUGGUGCAAACCUCGGUAGAGUUGUCACCACACCAAACUUUCUCUUUAGUUGUGCACCCACCUUCUUACUAAAAGGCCUAGCAAAAGGUGCCCAAGGUGUUGCUGGAUUUGGAAGGACUAAAAUCUCCAUCCCAUCUCAACUUACCUCCGCUUUUAAUCUACCAAAAAAGUUUGCCAUUUGCUUAGCCUCUUCCGUUAGUGAUGAGGGUGUGAUAUUCUUCGGCGAUGGUCCUUACACACUUUACCCUGCACCAGUUGUUACUGCGGCGUCUCUUUCAUACACCCCACUUUUGGUUAACCCAUCCUCCACUUCCGACUACUAUAUAGGAGUAACAUCCAUCAAAAUCGAAAACACCUCAGUUCCGAUAAACAAAGCUUUAUUAUUAAUAAAUAAAGGAAAAGGCGGUACCAAGAUCAGCACAGUUCACCCUUACACCAUCAUGGAAAGUUCUAUCUUCAACGCUGUAAGCUCCUACUUUCACAAAGAACUCAAGAAAGAGUACAUGAAAUAUGAUGGAUAUAAUGCAACAAUAGUAAAGGCGGUCGCCCCGUUUAAAUUAUGUUAUGAUAGAAGCACACUGUUAAUUACUAGGCCAGGAGUUGAGGUACCUACUAUAAAACUGGUGUUGCAAAGUGAGAAAGUCGAGUGGGCGAUAAACGGAUGGAACUCAAUGGUGACGGUAAAGGAUAAUGUAAUGUGUUUCGCUUUUGUAGAUGGCGGAAAGAACACAGAGACAUCAAUAAUAUUAGGAGGUUAUCAGUUGGAAGAUAAUAUAGUGCAGUUUGAUCUUGCUAAGUCUAGGCUUGCGUUUCAUUCGUUUUAUCUGGAGAGUAGAUGUUCCAAUUUCAACUUUACUAUAGCAUAAGUUAUUUAAGAUCAAAUGUGAUCUUGGGACUUAUAGAUGUAUUUUAAAGUUAUAUAUA